AUGGAUCCUACCAAUACAAAACCCGCGCCCGCUCAUCAAAUUCCAGAAUCAAUAUGUUCAUGUAAAAGUGAGUCUGUGCGUUCAAACGAAAUAACUACUGGAGAAAGUUCUGUAAUCAGAAAUAUGUCACUUCAAUCUUCAUGGUCGAAUGCAAUUGACGGUUUUAUUAUAAUUUGGUUGGAUGCAAAUAUGGAUGAGGCCAAUUGUGAUUACCAACAGUCUAUUACUAAACUUCGAUGCAUUGUUGAUUCGAUCAAAUUAUUUAGAAAUGAAGAUGAUUGCAAUGAUUUUCUGCAACGUGUCAAUAAACAAAAAUUUAGUUUGAUUUUGUCAGAAAAUUGUGGUGAAAAUCUUAUACCAAAGCUUCUACAUUCUUCGCAAUUAGACUCCAUUUAUAUUCUUUCUACGGACACGAUUAUAUCGGAGCAUUUGCUCAAGCAAUCGAGAAAAAUCAAUGGCGUUUUUCCAGACAUCUCAGCCAUUUGUAAUCAAAUUAAACAAAAUACGCAGCAGUACAAAUACGAAAACAUGCCGAUCAGUAUUGUUUCCACAUCGUGUCCAAAUAAUUUGAAGGAACUCGAUCCUUCAUUUAUGUAUACGCAGUUGAUAAAACAAGUUCUACUCGAAAUUGAAUAUGGAGAUCAAUCGAAGCAAGAAUUAAUCAAUUUUCUUUGCACUCGAAAUUCCGGCAAUAUCAAUUCGAUUCGUACAUUUGACCGAGAUUACUAUAAUGAGACACCCAUUUGGUGGUACACAAAGGAGUCGUUUAUUUAUUCAAUGCUCAAUACAGCUCUGCGCACACAAGAUAAUGAAACCAUUAUCAAAAUGGGUUUCAUCGUCCGAGAUGUACACCGACAAAUUGAACAGGUGUACUUGAAAACAGAUAGACAAAUAAAAAGAAUAGUUUAUCGUGGCCAAUGCAUCUCACAUGCUGAACUAGAGAAGAUUCGGCGAAGUCACGGUGGUUUAUUCUCAUUCAAUAAUUUCUUGUCAACCAGUACUGAUCGACAAGUCGCUUAUCUUUUUGCGGACAGUGCUCGGAGCCAUUCAGAGCUUGUGCCAGUUAUAUUUCAAAUAGAGAUCGAUCCAUCAAUCUCAUCAACUGUUUUUGCUCCGCUAGAUGGCAUCAGCUAUUUUUCUGAUCAAGAAGCUGAAAUCCUCUUUUCUAUGCAUACAGUCUGUCGCAUAGAAAAUACGUAUCGCAUUGAUGAUCGAUUGUGGAAUAUCGAUUUAACAUUAACAGAUGACAACGAUGAACAGUUAAAAUGUCUCACGAAUUAUAUGCAGCAAGAAAUAGAAGAGCUUCCAGUGAGUCAUCGACUCGGUCAUCUGAUGAUCAAAAUGGGAGAAUUUGACAGAGCAGAACAAUUUUUUUACGGGAUAAUUAACGCCACAUCCGGAAAAGAUUUGGAUAAAAUCGCUUAUCUCUAUCAUCAAUUAGGAUUCGUCAAAUAUUCACAAGGUCAUAAUUCAACGGCAUUAGAACAUUUUGAGAAAUCACGCGAAAUAAGAGAAAAUACUCCUUCGCUCAUUGAUCUAAAAGUGGCCAAGACAUACAGUGCCAUUGGGACAGUUUAUGCCAAUAUGGCAAACUACUCUGCUGCAUUAUCAUACUAUGAAAAGUCAAUUGCAAUCAAAGAAAAAUUCCUGUCACCAAUAGAUCCAGAUUGGGCGAUCACUUAUAAUAAUAUGGGCCAAUUCUAUUAUAUGACUGGGGAUUAUUCGAGUGCACGCUUAUACUUUGAAAAGGCAAUAGAAAUCCCAGAAAAAUCUCUUCCACCAAUACAUCCUUCUCGUGCCACAGCUUACAACAAUCUUGGUGCAACCCUGAAAUUGUUGGAAGACUACUCAACUUCACUUUUAUAUUAUGAGAAGGCUCUCGAAAUCGAACAGAAAUCUCUUCUGCCAAAUCAUGCUUCUCUGGCCAUCACCUAUAACAAUAUUGCUGGAAUACAUAACUUAAACGGAGACUAUACAUCUGCACUUUCAUAUCUUGAGAAGACACUCGACAUUCAGCAACAUUCAUUACCAUCUACUCAUUACAACUUAGCUAAGACUUAUAACAACAUUGGCACAACACACCUAUCGAUGGGAAAUCACUCGAUUGCGCUCUCAAGUCAAGAAAAAGCACUGGAAAUUCAGCAAAAUUCGCUGUCAUCUACUGAUCCUAGUAUAGGCGCCACCUACUACAACAUUGGAAAAACGUAUCAAUCAAUAGGAAACUAUUCAAAUGCACUUGUAUAUUUUCAAACAGCACUCGAAAUACAAGAAAAAUCGUUGCCAAUCAAUUAUCCUAUUUUGGGUACGAGGUAUAACGCUAUAGCUGAAACAUAUCACUCAAUGGAAAACUAUUCGACUGCACUCUCAUAUUAUGAGAAAACACUCGAAAUUCAAAAACAAUUUCCUGAAUAUUCACAUUCCAAAUUUGACGUCACCUGUAAAAAAAUUGCAGAUAUAUUGCACAGGCUGGGACGACAUCAAGAAGCUGCGAGAUAUGACGAAAAACAACCGAUCGAUGUUCCUUCCCAAGCAGUUGAAUACAACCAGUCCAACUGA